AUGGGGAAAUUUAGGUCUAAACUCAAAGGAAAAACAAAGGGGAAAAGAUGGCAAAAGGGCCAGUCAUCCAACUCCAACCCGAAGAUGCAAAAGUACAGGGAAAUGGCUAAAUCCCGGUUUUUUCAAGAGAAUCUAGGUAACACUGGAUUAACUCAACAAGCGGUCCACAAACAUGACGCUAUAAUGACUUAUGGACACAGUCUUGGGAAGAAGAAUUCAGAAGCUGAAACUGAAUUGGCAAUAGCUAAAGAUUUUGAAAAUAUGUCUGUCAAAACUGGUGAUGAAGAGACAGAAAGUGAAUACUCAGGAAGUAUGAGAUCAGGGACAUAUAAGACCUUUCAAACAUUUGCUUCCGAUUGGAGCCAAUGCUCAAAUAUUAGUUUCAGCAAGUUAUUAAACAGAUUUGACUCAAACAAUGCUGUACAUAAGGAAAUGUUGGCAAUCCUUGCAGCUGUCACUGAAGUGAUCAAACAAGAGGGUGGCAAGGAGACCACCACUGAAUAUUUUGCAGCAUUGAUGGAAACCCUGAAAGCAGCAGAAGGAGAACAAAACAUAGUAGCUACCAUAUCUUUACUCUCAAUGGGGAUUAAAUCAGUACCCCAACCAGUAUUACGCAAACAAUUCUCUGACUCUGCAACCAUUUUUAUUGAACUCUUGGAAAAGAAUGCUCAAUCCGACAAUGGGAUGUUGUUGAGAAGCACCAUUGGUAGCUUAUCUGUUCUGUUGAGAGCUCAAGAGUAUGCACUGUGGGGUGAAUCAUCAACAAUGAAAGUCUUCGAAUCAGUUUUAGCAUUUGCCUUGCAUGCAAAACCAAAGGUAAGAAAAGCAGCUCAGCAUGCAGUUACAUCCAUUCUUCGCGGCAGUUGUUUCAUGAUACCAUCUGAAGAUCAGAAAACUAAGGUUCCUAAAGUCCACCCCGCAUCAAACCGCGUCGCGGACUUCUGCCUCUCACAAAUCAAAGCAGAGGCUUUAUUGUCAGGCCAUCGAACUGUUCUCCACACAUUGACAAUGCUCAGGGACGUGCUACCAGUGUUCAGCAAAGAUUACAUUAAGAGCGUCUGCGAAUCGAUCCUAUCAUUAAUGGCUCACAACAACGUGUACAUAAAGACGUGUUGUCUACACACUCUGCACGCGUUAUUCUCUGCGGAUAGUGACACUAGUAAUAUGUGCGGUGUAUUAGCGGCGAGGAUUUGCCGUGCACUAAUGGCGUGUAGACCACCCGCUUCCGAUACAGGGCAGGUGUUAGCGUGGGCUGCUGUUAUGCAACAAGGGUACACGUGUUUAGCAAGUUUGGAUUUGAACCUGUGCAUACCGAAUCUUCCGAGUUUUGUGAGUAUCUGCGUGACCGAGCUGUGGCUGUCUGACGUCACUGAGAUCACUUCUGCCGCCACUAACGCAUUAAAAGCUAUACUAUUGGAUUGCGUAAAGCCAGCCAUACAAUCGGAUACGUUUCCUAGACACAAAUCGCACGUGGAGGCUAUAUUCAAAACUAUCGGCGCUGGACUGGACAAUCCAUUCAAUCAGGCAAUCAAUCACGUGAUACUUACCAUUGCUGUGUGUUUCGAGAUUGGAAACGAAAACGUUGUUCAUUCACUCACGCCGCUCCUUAGAAAAUUGAACGAUCGACGGGAGAGCAAUAACUUCUUUAACGACAAAGAGGUGGAACACGCUACAGGUUGUGCGAUAAAGUCAUUAGGUCCAGAGUUCGUACUAAAAAUAAUACCUCUAAGAGACGGACCAGAUAGUAUUAACAUAGACAGGAGUUGGCUUCUACCCGUGUUGAAGGAGAAGAUUGUCAACUCACAUCUGAAGUUCUUCGCGACGGAGGUAUUAGAGAUGGCAACUUUCUGCAGGAAGAAAGCAAGAGAGUUGAGUCAAGCGGAUGAUAUGCCAGGCUCCCAUACUUACGAGUUGUUGUGUAACCAACUGUGGGCGUUAUUGCCUAGUUUCUGUAAUAGCCCUAAAGAUAUUAAGGACAAUUUCAAAGCCUUAGCGAGAGUUUUAGGUAACGUCUUAAAAGACAACCCAGAGUUUCGUUUAUCUGUGAUGCAAGCGUUGAGGAAAUUGAUUAGUUGUUCUUCUGACAACGAAGAGGAUACUACGGAGCUUGCUAGAUUCGCUAAGAACUAUUUGCCGAUAUUACUCAACAUUUAUAUGUCGCCUGUGAAAGGAAGCAGCGCCGAAGGGCAGAGGUUAGCUGCCUUGGAAACUAUACAGGUAUAUUUAACAAUAAGCGAUCAAUCUCUAAGAGAGGAAUUGUUCAAGAACGCAAUACAGCAACUGGAAACGUCCUCAGACAAUCAUUUCCAGAGAGAAUCAAUUCUAGACAUAGUUAGGUUGCUCGUGCUGUACCAAAGUAGUGAGCAAAUAACAAAUUUGUUCGAUAAAUGGGUGAUACCGCUCUGCGAAACGGUUCUGGAGAAUCCUAAACAACUAAAGAGGAAUAAGAAAGAGAAGCAGAAGAGUGUAGCUAUGGAAGAGGACAACACAGAAGACACAAAAGAAGAUAAGAAAAAGGAACUCCGGUAUAAAGAUAAGGCAAAAAUGUUAGAAAUGGAACACAAGAAGGCAUACAGGAUACUAGAGGAGAUAUUCAAGAGUGACAGAGACAACUGCAAACAGUUCUUGACUGAAAAUCACAAGAAGAUAAAGAAGCUGCUGAUGACGUCACUGAACAAAGUCGCAGAUAGCAGUAAGGGUGCUAGACUUAGAUGCAUGGAGCAUUUAAUAAUGGCGUCACCUAAUUUGACCGCUGAAAGCAAGUUACUACGCGGCGCUAUAGCUGAAUCUGUUAUAUGUACCCGUGAUAUCAACUCCAAGUGUCGACAGUGUGCAUUUAACGUUAUCAACCGCGUCGGCGAAGUGUUGAACCCGCAACAAGGGGGUAUGGUAGCUUUCGUGGAUAUGUUGGUAUCCGGUUUGUCAGCACCGCUGCCUCGUAUAGUGAGUGCCACACUGAGAGCUCUAGCUUCAGCGCUGUUCAACUUCUCCGAGGACAUGGGCCUGGAGGUUGUCCAGCAGCUCCUUGAGAAGGUGGCUGAACAAAUGCUCGUCAAUGUCCGGGAGAUAGUGGCAGGUGCUAUGAGCUUCCUCAAGGUUUAUACGAAAGUGUUGCCGACAGAAGUACUAGCUGGCAGUCUUCCUCUCAUAUUCAAGACGUUGUCCUCCAUGUCGGAGGAUUGCAAGAGACACUCGCGUCUGGAAAUAGGAUAUUUUCUCAGCAGAAUGCUGAGGAAAUAUGGUUCUGACACUAUUGAGAAACUGAUCCCAAGUUCUGAUGAAGUGAUGCUGAGGAGACUAAGGAAUAUACGGAAGAUGGACAACAGGAAGAAGAGAUUGAGAGAUGGACAAAGAGAACAGUCCGAUGAGUCUGAUACAGAAUUCUCAGUGAAGGGCACAUCGAAAACUUUAGAGGACAUUCUGAAGGAUUCCGACUCCGAUAUGGAAUACAUGGACGAGGAGGAAGACCGGUCUAGACCUAAAGCUAAGAAAGCGAAGAGAACCAAGAACCAGGCGUGGAUACAAGAAGACCCAGAGAAUAUUGUCGACUUGGCUGACGCGUCUGCCUCUAGGAAGAUUACUGGUACCGAUCCAACAAAGAAAAAGAAGUCUAUAGAUGUAAAAGAGAAGAAGAAAGAUGGCGGAUUCAAGACCGCGCCUGACGGUAGACUGAUUAUAGCCGACGACGGAGAAUAUGAACCCGCUACUACGGACACUGAACCACGAUAUCACAGCGACACCGAUGAUACUGAUGACGAAGCAUCGACUAGUAAGCCGUCUAAACUCGUCAAACCCGGCAGCAAACGGCGGUACGACGAUAUACUCAGUAUAAAGAGCGGUCGUACCAACAGAAGUAGAGCUUCCACUGUUACCGUCAAUUCCAAGUAUAAACACGGAGGGAAGGGUAUACACAGACCGUUGGGUUCCGCUGCAUCGGUAUCAUCUACUGUAGGCACCGAGUACAGAUCAAAGAAAUCUAAAGGAGAUAUCAAGAAGAAAGGAAAGCAUGACCCUUACGCGUACUUACCACUGUCAAGAAAAAAUCUCAACAAAAGGACUAAAGCAGUCACAUCCAAGCAAUUCAAGGGCGUCGUCAAGUCGAAAACUAAAAUCGGCAAUAAAAUGAAAUCAAAAAGGAAAGUGUAGCGAAAUAAAUUUUUAUGAUUG